AUGGCAACCUCAAACGUUGGGCGUCCGUGUUUUAACUUUUCAAUACUAAAGCCUUUGAAUGGCACUUCAAUAAAGAUUAAAGUCGCCAAGUACAAAAACUUGCUUAGCUUAUUGGAAUACAUUCCGCCCAUUCACCAUACAUUUUAUAAAAACAUGAGGCACGAUGGGAAAGCAUUAACAAAGAAAGGAAAAAGGAAACAAACACAGACCCUGACAGCAAGUCAAAAAGUACCUGAUAUAGAUGAACCCCAACCAAGACCAGCUGAUUCAGAUGAAGAAAAUGAUGAAGACAUCCAAAUAUUAGAUUCUGAUUAUGAAUAA